AGCAGGGCUCUCGGUUUUUGGGGGGUGACGGGCGGGUCGACCGUUUUUCAUCCGCUGGAGAGUCCUGCUUGAACGGUGAGCAGGAGACACAACACACCGCCGCGGAGCAGCCCGACCCACGCCUCAACAGAAUCACACCGACGCGUGCCGUCCAAGCUCGGACGGACAGAGCCUGGAGGAAGGGUCAUCGCAGGUCGCUUUACGAAUCGGAACCGAGGAGCUUUUGUCCCUCUCCAGAUCCUGCGGGACUGGGGGCUUUCAGCAGGGGCGGCGGACACGAUCCCGCACGCCCAGGGAAGGAGGCUGGAAGUCGGGGACGCUUCCAGCCAGCAGGACCGGGGGCGCCGUGGCGACUGAGCGCUCGGGCUGUGGUGAACCCUUUGCGGCUAAGUGGAUGGGAUGGAGCCGGGACCAUCAAGCGCUGAUGUGCCCGUGGGGCCAUACCCCCCACCCCUGCAGCAGGUGUUCCAGGCACCCCGCAGGCCUGGCAUGGGCACUGUUGGCAAACCCAUCAAGUUGCUUGCCAAUUACUUUGAAGUGGAGAUCCCGAAAAUGGACGUUUUCCACUAUGAAGUGGACAUCAAACCUGAAAAAUGUCCUCGCCGGGUCAACAGAGAGGUUGUGGAGUACAUGGUCCAACAUUUCAAACCACAGCUCUUCGGUGACCGAAAGCCAGUUUAUGAUGGGAAGAAGAAUAUCUACACUGUUUUAGCUUUACCGAUAGGCAGCGAAAAGGUGGACUUUGAAGUGACCAUCCCUGGCGAAGGGAAAGAUCGCAUCUUUAAAGUGUCUAUUCGUUGGCUGGCCAAGGUGUCGUGGAGGCUGCUGCAGGAGACGCUGGUCAGUGGACGUCUCCAGGUCCCUCUGGACUCUGUUCAAGCCCUCGAUGUGGCCAUGAGACACCUGGCCUCCAUGAGAUACACUCCAGUCGGACGCUCCUUCUUUUCUCCUCCUGAAGGCUACUAUCAUCCUCUGGGUGGAGGCAGAGAGGUGUGGUUCGGCUUUCACCAGUCUGUUCGGCCGGCCAUGUGGAAGAUGAUGCUCAACAUUGACGUCUCUGCAACAGCCUUUUACAAAGCCCAGCCUGUCAUCGAGUUCAUGUGUGAAGUUCUGGACAUCCGCAACAUUGACGAGCAGCCGAAGACACUCACUGACUCGCAAAGAGUCCGAUUCACCAAGGAGAUCAAAGGCCUGAAGGUGGAAGUUACGCACUGUGGUCAAAUGAAAAGGAAGUACCGCGUCUGCAACGUCACGCGCCGCCCUGCUAGUCACCAAACGUUUCCUCUCCAGCUUGAGAGCGGGCAGACUGUAGAAUGUACAGUGGCUCAAUACUUUAAACAGAAGUACAACCUGCAGCUCAAAUACCCCCACCUGCCCUGCCUACAGGUGGGACAGGAGCAGAAGCACACUUACUUGCCCCUGGAGGUGUGUAAUAUUGUAGCAGGACAGCGGUGCAUCAAGAAACUUACAGAUAAUCAAACAUCCACCAUGAUCAAAGCCACGGCGCGCUCGGCACCAGACAGACAGGAGGAGAUCAGCAGACUGAUGAAGAAUGCAAAUUUUAAUCUUGACCCGUACAUUCAAGAGUUUGGUAUCAAGGUGAAGGACGACAUGGCAGAGGUGACGGGGAGAGUUCUGCCUGCGCCGAUCCUGCAGUACGGUGGUCGGAAUCGUGCCAUUGCGACUCCCAACCAGGGUGUGUGGGACAUGAGGGGAAAACAGUUUUAUAAUGGGAUUGAGAUCAAAGUUUGGGCCAUCGCCUGCUUCGCCCCGCAGAAACAGUGUCGAGAAGAGGUGCUCAAAAACUUCACAGACCAGCUGCGUAAGAUCUCAAAGGACGCUGGGAUGCCCAUCCAGGGCCAGCCAUGUUUCUGUAAGUAUGCACAGGGAGCAGACAGCGUGGAGCCCAUGUUCAGACAUUUGAAGAACACUUACUCUGGCCUUCAGCUCAUCAUCGUUAUUCUGCCCGGAAAAACACCCGUCUAUGCGGAAGUGAAGCGUGUUGGAGACACUCUUCUUGGAAUGGCCACUCAGUGUGUGCAGGUGAAAAACGUGGUAAAAACGUCCCCUCAGACGCUCUCUAACCUCUGCCUCAAAAUCAACGUCAAACUGGGCGGCAUCAAUAACAUCCUGGUGCCACAUCAACGGUCUGCAGUUUUCCAGCAGCCAGUGAUCUUCCUGGGAGCCGAUGUUACUCACCCUCCAGCUGGUGAUGGAAAGAAACCCUCCAUUACUGCUGUGGUGGGCAGUAUGGACGCUCAUCCCAGCAGGUACUGUGCUACUGUGCGAGUGCAGCGGCCCAGACAGGAGAUUAUUGAAGAUCUCUCAUACAUGGUUCGAGAACUGCUCAUCCAGUUCUACAAGUCAACUCGCUUCAAACCCACACGGAUCAUCUUCUACCGGGAUGGGGUACCAGAAGGACAGUUACCACAAAUCCUGCACUAUGAGCUGUUGGCCAUCAGGGACGCUUGCAUCAAACUGGAGAAAGACUACCAGCCUGGCAUCACAUACAUAGUCGUGCAAAAACGCCACCACACACGUCUCUUCUGUGCCGACAAGUCUGAAAGAAUUGGGAAGAGUGGGAACAUUCCUGCAGGAACGACGGUUGACACCAGCAUCACGCAUCCAUUCGAGUUUGAUUUCUACCUGUGCAGUCAUGCAGGCAUUCAGGGCACCAGCCGACCCUCUCACUACUACGUCCUGUGGGACGACAAUCGCUUUACGGCUGACGAGCUGCAGAUUUUAACCUACCAGCUGUGCCACACAUACGUGCGCUGUACCCGCUCCGUAUCCAUUCCAGCACCAGCCUACUAUGCCAGGCUCGUGGCCUUCCGAGCACGCUACCAUCUGGUGGAUAAAGAACAUGACAGCGGAGAAGGCAGCCACGUCUCUGGGCAGAGUAAUGGUCGGGACCCCCAAGCGCUGGCUAAAGCCGUGCAGAUUCACCACGACACCCUUAGGACCAUGUACUUUGCCUGAGCCAGUUUCUUUGCCACCCCUCACCGGGCACCCCCUCGAGCCAGUACACUGGGUGCUACCAGUUCACCUGGGCGGAAGUGAAUAUGGAGUUACACACUAUGUUUUGUUUAAUCUGGCUGAACUAUGCUCUUUUUUUUAUUUUUUUUAUUUAAUGAUGUAUUAUUGUGUACUACCUUCACACUCCUACAUGUAAGUAUGUAUGCAAUACGGAGGGAAAGAAUGCAGAUGUAUCUGUUGUUUUGUAUGCCACUACAAAGCUGCCUCUUAAAGGGAUAGUUCACCUAAAAAUGAAGAUUCUUUCACCCUCGUGUUGUUACCACUUUCUGCCGAACAUCCCCUUUUGUGUUCCACGGCCAAAAGAUAGUCAUGCAGAUUUGGAACGACAUGAGGGUGAGUCAAUGAUGACAAGUUUCAUUUUUGGGUGAACUAUCCCUUUAACAUGCCCGUUUGUUCGGGCACUUGAUGCAGAAGCCCCGAAUAGAGGAAUUGUUUUACUUCUCGCAUUUUGCAUUAUUUUUUAUUGUUAUUGCGAUUGAUUUUUAAGUUUUAUUUUUGUGAAUAUAUGGUACAUUAGCACUUAGUUUUAGUUUAGACACCAUGCGGCAAGCAUUAAUGUAUCGUCCGUGAAGCCGUACACCGACAGAUGCACAAACGAAGCGCAGACGGCGAUCGACUGUAGCAUGCCACAGACACGGGUGUCUCUCUGGCGCUGUUGCGGCGGAGUCACGAGUGUAGCCAGUCGUAUUUAGACUCCUCGUUAGUUAAAGAGUGGUCGCAUAACUAUAGAUGACCACGGGGUGCGUUAAGUGCACUUGCAUCAGCAUAACAUCGAAACCAGCAUUAUGCACCAGCCAUAUGUGAUGCCAACCGUAUAAAAGGGCCCUCGUCUUUUAAGAUGUUUCCUCUACGCUCUUCUAGAAUGGGGUGAUUUGCUAGUAUCAUCACACAGACUUUCUGUGCUCAUAAAUCUUCCUGCACUUAAAGGAAUAGCGAAAAAUGAAAAGUUUGUCAUCAUUUACUCAACCAUUUUAUUUUCUUUAUUCGGUAACACUUUUCAGUAAGGUUCUGUUAGUUAACAUGAAUUAUUGCUUUAGGUGUAAUGAACUAACAGUGAACAAUUUGUUUGGUAAUGUUAAUGAAGCAGUACAUAAUGCAUUAGCUAGUGUUAACAUAUACAACGUUUUAUUUAAAAAAUGUAUUCGUGUAUUUUAAAUGAACAUUUAAGCAAGAUUAAUAAGCACUAAACAAGUAUUGUUCAUGUUAACUAGUGCGGUUAAAUGAAUGUUAAGUGUCACCCUUUAGAUGUUAGGCAGAACGUUUAAGAUGCUCUUAUAAAUACUAUAAAAGUGAAGGAUGCUUUAUACUGGCAAGCUCCAAAGUGGACUAAACACAAUAAAAGUAGCUGUAUUCCAAGACUUCUGAAGACAUAUGAUAGCUUUAUGUGAGGAACAAUAUCUCUUUGCGCUUGUUUUCAGAUAGAAAAUUGUGCCUUUGAUGCAUCGCGCCAGGUUUGAUGUCAUUCACGGUGGACGCCGUUGUUUUUUAGGAUGAUCCGGACACAUUUAAAGGCAUUUGUGGCCCCCCUUUGAUCCUUACACUAAGGCACUAAUGGAAGUGAAUGGGGCCAGUCCAUAUACAUUAUAAUACACACUAUUUCAAAUUUUAUGGUGCAUUUUUGGACCCUGAUAAUAAAAAAAAUCACCAUCCACUUUUAGUCACUCACCAAAAACAAAAAUCCUCUGCUGAUUUAUUGACCUUUAAGCCAUCCCAGACCCAGAUGUGUAUGUCUUUCCUUCUUCAGCAGAACCGAAGUGAAGAUUUUUAUAAGCAGAUUUCAGCUCUUUUGGUCCAUACAAUGUGAGCAAACGGGUGUCAUCAUGCUGCUGGCUGUUUGACGGUCCAAAAGUCAUAUUUAGGCAGCGUAAAAGUAACCCACACAACCCCAGUCGAUCAGUUAAUGUCUUCUGAAGUGUGUGUGUGUGUGUGUGUGUGUGUGUGUGUGUGUGUGUGUGUGUGUGUGUGUGUGUGUGUGUGUGUGUGUGUGUGUGUGUGUGUGUGUGUGUGUGUGUGUGUGUGUGUGUGUGUGUGUGUGUGUGUGUGUGUGUGUGUGUGUGUGUGUGUGUGUGUGUGUGUGUGUGUGUGUGUGUGUGUGUGUGUGUGUGUGUGUGUGUGUGUGUGUGUGUGUGUGUGUUUUUUACCCAAACCUUCAGUUCUGCUGAAGAAGGAAAGACAUGCACAUCUGGGAUGGCGUAAAGGUGAGCAAAUCAUUAGAGAAGUGUCAUUUUUGGGUGAACUAACCCUUUAAGCUCAGACAUUCUGCCUAACAUCUUUUGCGUUUCACGCAAGAAAGACAAUAAUAUGCGCUUGCAACGGCAUGGGGGAGGAGGCUGUAAAAGAUGACAAAAUGUUCAUUUCAGGGUGACUAUUCCUUUAAACCGAUUCUUCCACUGACCUCUGUAAUCAAAGCAAUACAAGGUCACCGAGAGCAGCUAGAGAAACAUAUGGCACAUUCGAGCUGCUAUAGGAGGUUGAGAUGCACACGUUACGAUAUCCAUUUGCAUCUACCAAGAAAUCAAAUAAUGCCGGAUAUCUUUAUGUAUAUAGCUACCCACAACCUUCCUACACAUGGGCUUGUGAAGGCUUUGCUUUCAUAAUGGACCACCGACAACCCACAUCACUCCUACCCAUACGUAGUCCUGCGUUGUUUGGAAAGGUCUUGCCAGUAACACUGCCACAUUCCCUGCCCGCCUCACAAGCACCUUUUACCCCUCGCCUCAUUUCUGUUGAUGCAGCAAGCACGUUGGGCAGGCAGGAAAAUGCCUUUUCCACAGGUUGGGGGUACAUUAUGCCAUGUAAUCAUGUCAUAUGGUGGAUGUAUGCAUUGCAUGUUUAAACUGAUCUUGUUGUAACUGGAGCCUCUCUGUAUACGCGUUAAGAUUGUGUCCUUAUACAUUUGAUGCCAUACAUUUCCCGUUCUGUCUUAUUUACUCACCUUUAUGUCGUUCCAAAACCGGUAUGCUGAUAUUUUAUUCAUCAAACACAACUGGGAAUUUUGAAGUGUCUUCACGCAGCUCUUUUCCAUACAACGGCAGUUCGUAGUGAUAUCAAAAGAAAACAUUAAAAGCACCAUGAGAGUAUUUCAUAAGAAUCGUGCGCUAUUUUCCAAGUCUUCUGAAGUUAUACAAUAUCCUAACCCAAGCCUUCAAAAAGGCAUGUUGGUGCAUCAUGCCAGAAUCCCAAAAUGCCACUCCGUCUCGCAUGCGGCAUGCCAGUUCAAAUGUGCAGAAUGGAGGAUAUUUGAGAACUAGAUGGGAAGAUUAUCAGUGAAUAACUUUUUAAGUUGCGGUCUUCACACAAAGCCAUCAUUUGGCUUCAGCAGACUAGUGCACUAGACUGCUUUUAUGGUACUUUAUUGGUUUUAUUCAGCAUACAGGUUUUGUACAACAUAAGAGUGAGUUUAUAAUGAUAGAAGGUUCAAAUCGCUUGAACGACUCCUUUUAAUGAAACCUUUUGCAAUGUAGAGUGGCAAAGGUUCUCCACAAGGCGGCAAUGUUGAUGCCUCAACUUAGCCUCAAAGCGCCUGAAAAUGGUGUGUUGUAAUUCAUAGGAAUUUUAAGACGUAAUGGUUUAACAUGUUUUCUUUUGACUUAUGUUUAUGAAAUGUAUACAAAGACAUGUCUUUAUAUAUUAGGUUUUAGCAAUCCCAACAAGCUGAUUUUUAUUGAUUUCCCCACUGUAUAUUGAUCCGGUCUUUCCUAGACAAAAUAUUCUGAUGCAGUACUUGACUCUCUAAAGCCACGGGGCACCACAUGGGUGAAGAACAUGGAGGUGCAAAGUGGCGUAAUUGGAGAGUGAACUUCACCCGACCUCACUGUUGAAGCAAUAUUAAGCCACUGAUAAAGAACUGUCCUUGUCAUAGCACUUCCCAAUAGAUUCAGUGAAUGAACACAUAAGCAAGUCGUUUUGGCUCUGUAUGUUAUAGUGAGGACUUUGUUCGGAA